UGGCGGGCGGUUGUAGCGUAAAUGUAGGUAACGUUGUGUUAAGUAUAAAACUUGACGCUAACGUUACUCGUCUAUAACGCUAACGUUAGGUUUCUGCAAUUGAGAAGAAGCACACAAGCUAGCUAAUUCUAUAUAAGUCAACGCUAGUUAUCUAUUAACGUUAGUGUGUUCACAACAAGACGUAAAGUUGUGUUAACGCUUCAUAUUUACUCUCGUUAACCCAGCGAUAAACCCAAAUAACGUUACCCAAGUUGACGUUUUACGUUAGCUAACGUUAGAUGUAACGUUAACGUAAAGUAGCGUAAGUUACGUAAUGAGCAUACCUCACAAUUUAAAAGAAUGUUUUGGGGUAUUGGGUGGCCUUUUGGUUGACCCGCGUGUGCCCAUAUAAUCCCUCCUAUCCCUCAGUGAAUGAGCUGUGGCUGCAGCCAGUUUGAUGACAGUACAGGAUUUUGCCGUCAUUGUUGUCACACAAAUUGUUCUGCGGUCUCUGUAAUGUAUUUUGUGCCUAAGCUUGAAGCAGAACCUCAAUUGUGACAGUCUUAAGGUGUAAUUUGGAUGCUACCAUCUAUCAUGGAAAACACCACUGAUGACUACAGGAUCCAGUCAUUUGACCUGGACACACAGAUGUUGCUGAAAACAGCCUUGAAAGAUCCAAGUUCAGUGAACCUGGAGAAGGUAUCCGAUAUCAUCAUGGAUCAGUCGUUAAAGGACCAGGUGUUCAGCAAAGAAGCUGGACGCAUCUGCUACACCAUUGUGCAGGCCGAGGCCAAGCAGAACAAUGGAAAUGUGUUCAGGAGAAAUUUGCUGAACCGGCUCCAGCAGGAGUUCAAGAACCGCGAGGAGACGAGGGGGCGCUCGUUGCAGGAGUGGGUGUGCUACGUCACGUUUAUCUGUAACAUCUUCGACUACCUCAAAGUGAACAACAUGCCGAUGGUGGCUCUGGUGCAUCCUGUGUAUGACUGUCUGAUCCGGCUGGCCCAACCAGAUGCUCUAAUGAAUGAGGAGGAGGUGGACUGUUUGGUGCUGCAGUUGCAUCGCAUCGGAGAGCAGCUGGAGAAGGUGAACAGCCCUCGGAUGGACGAGCUGUUCUUCCUGCUGCGGGACGGCUUCCUGCUACAGGAGGGCCUCACCUCCAUGGCCCGUCUGCUGCUGCUGGAGAUCCUGGAGUUCAGAGCUGGAGGCUGGCUGCUCAGCAGCACCGCCCACAAGUACUACUACAGUGAAAUAGCUGAUUAGGAUUGUUGCGAGGACAAGGGUGCUGGGCAGUUGUGUUUGCAGGUGUGUUACCCAACCUUGGAUACCUCUCCUCAGGCACCCACCCCCGAUUAUAAAAAAAACAGCAAAUUCACGAAGGACAAUCCUGCAGGUUUUGAGAAGAUGGCGGUUCAUAAACUGUAAAAAGACUUUUUGAUUUUGCUGGGUUGUUCCAUGCGUUUGAUAAUAUUACUGAGACAUGGUGCAGUGGAUGUGGAAUGUGCAAUAGUUCACAAGGUGUUGAAGUUAAGUUAACAAGGUUUAGCCACAUUCAGGUACACUUUGUUUGUGUUUGUUGAGGUUUGAUUACAGCUAAAGAGGCUGAAGAUAUUUUUUAUUUAUUUAUUUUUUUUAAUUGAUCUUGCAGGCAUUCCUUUUUUGAGAAAACAUUUUAAAGUCCAACUUAUUUUUUUACCAAAUCCAAAAAGGACUUGGGACAGACAUUCCAGUCAGAUGCAAGCUGAUUUGGUCCUUGCUUUACUUUUUAUUGUUGUGUGACCAACUUUAAUUAAAAAAUCAAUAUUUUAAUUAUUUAGUUAAAUAUUUUUCAGUGUAGAAUUUACAUUUUUACAAAAGGUUUGAAAUGCAGUUCAGAGGAAUUUUCUUCCCAUUUGUCCUGUAGGAUUCCUGUGUUACUGUUAUGUUAUGUUACAUGUGUAAAGUGCAGUACAGUGUUUGUUUCCUAAUUCAGGGACUUUUUAUUUUUUUUAAUUUAUAUGGCUCAACUUAUAAAUAGAAGACCAAGAGAUUGGUUACAGUUCAUAAUUGAACUAUGUUUCUACAGAUAAGUCAAUCAGAUAUCCAAUACAUUUCUGCAAUCACAAGUUUCAUUUGUUUAACAACUCGUGCCAAAUUAUAACAAGAACAUCAUCAUCUAAACUACUUCUUAACAAAGCCUAAGCUCUUAUCUUGUUUGUAGUUGAGGUGCUGGAGGACAGUGGUGGAAGAAGUACUAAUGCCACAAAAGUAGCAAUGCCACAGUAACCAAUAGUAUAUAUAUUUAUUUAUUUAUUUACAUUCUAACUAUUGAUGCAUUGAUCUGUAAAUAAUUUACAUUUAAUGUUGCAGCUCGUCAAGGCAGGGCUCAUUUUAAUUACUUUAUAACUGCAGGGUAGCUUGUGAAUUUCCCCUCUUGGGAUUCAUUAAGUUCUAUCAUAAUCAAACACAACUUAUUUGUUGAUCAUAUUUUGUAUUAUUAGUCUGAAUCUGCAUAUUAACUUUAACUAAAGCUGUCAAAUGUAUGGCAGUAUUUUGAGUAAAUAUAUGCUUAGUUAUUUUCCACCACUGCUGGAGGAGUAGGUAUUUA